AUCAGUAUAAAGUAAAAUAAUAAAAUAUUUUUAUAAAAUUUAUUUAAAUGUUUAUAAAAUGAUGGAAUCAGUAAAUGAAGGAAAUAAACGAAAUGUAAAUAAAAAUACUGUGGAUUGGUCACGAUUUGGUUUGGGUAAUGAAAAUGCAUCAAGACCAAGAGGUAAUUUAAGUGGAUUUGUAGAUUUGGGUAAUGAAUAUGAAUAUGCAGCUGGUGGACAUCAUGCCUCUGGUGCUAAUGAAUUAUUUGCUGAAGAACAGGGUGAUGUCCCUUGGUGGCGUUCAAAUUUUUUCAUAUCCCAACCGAUAUUGUUUGGUACAUGGGAUGGAGUGUUCACUUCUUGUUUAAUAAAUAUAUUUGGUGUUAUUGUGUUUUUACGGAGUGGAUGGAUUGUUGGUGAAACUGGAAUUUUAAGUGCGGUUGUAAUUGUUAUAUUUACAGUAUGUAUUGCGUUAGUAUCAGUUCUAUCCGCAAUUGGAAUAUGUGAACGAUGUCGUGUAGAAAGUGGUGGGGUAUAUUUCUUGGUGGCACAUGUUCUUGGAUCAAGGUUUGGAGGUUCAUUAGGUCUUCUAUACUGUUUUGGCCAGGCUGUAGGAUGUGCUUUGAAUGUGCUUGGUUUUGGUGAAUCGAUUGCCGGUUUAAUUGGAUAUGCUGGUUAUAAAUGGGUUGAAAGAGGAUUGGGUUGUGCAGCUGUUUUACUUUUGAGUAUAAUAAAUGUGGCUGGAGUGAAAUGGGUUAUAAAAUUACAAUUUAUUCUUUUAUUAAUAUUAUUAUUGGCUGGAUUAGAUUUUAUUGUUGGCAGUUUUGUACAUUCUGACGAUGAAAAUGGAUUUGAAGGCUGGAUUAGUGGUAAUUUUAAAUUAAAUUUAUGGCCAGAUUAUACACCUGGUUAUAGUUGGUUCACAGUAUUUGGAGUAUUUUUCCCAACAGUGACUGGUAUUUUAUCGGGUAUUAAUAUGAGUGGUGAUUUACGAGCGCCUUCGACAGAUAUACCAAAUGGGACUUUAGCAGCAAUUUCAACCGGAACAUUUUUAUAUCUGGUUUUUGUACUAUUUUUGGGAGCAACCUGUACCAGAGCAACUUUAUUAAAUGAUUUUAUGAUCACUGCUAAAGUAUCAGCAUUCCGAAUUCCAUUGUUAGCGGGACUCUAUGUAGCAUCAAUGUCCAGUUGUUUGGGUGCUAUGUAUGGGACACCAAGAGUUUUACAAUCAAUUGCCAAUGAAAAUGUUAUACCUGGAAUAGGUAUUUUAGGAAUGGGGCGUGGUCCAAAUAAAGUACCUGUAUAUUCAAUGGCUGUAAUAGCAGCAGUUACUUUUACAUUUAUACUUGUUGGUGAAAUAAAUACGUUAGCACCAAUUGUUACAAUGCCGUUUUUAUUAACGUAUGCAUGCAUUGAUUAUGCAUAUUUUGCCUUAGCACAAACAUUUGAUUUACAACAGCAACGCGAAGAAAGAUUUUAUACUACUUCAAUUGCUACGACUGACAAUCGUGAAAUUGUUCAAGAUUGGCAAAGUGGGACCAGUACAAUUAUUGAUGAUGAUUUAGAUUCCUUAUUUCCAGAACGCGUACGACACAAAAUUGUUGGGAAUUCAAAAACCAACAGCCCUGUUGUAACUCCGACUUCAGAGUCAAAGCGACAACAAUCGUUACCUAUUCAUUCGAAGACACAAAAUUGGUAUUCAAUGUUUUGUAAUCGAUGGCUUUCACUUUUUGGGGCAUGUCUGAAAUUGUUAAUUAUGUCUUUAGUUCAUUGGGAAUAUGCUGCAAUAAAUAUAUCCGUCGUAUUUUUAGUUUGGUUAUAUGUUGGAACAGCAAACCCAGCUGUAAAACCAGGGUUGGCAGCUGAAUUUCAUUUUCUGCGUUGGUUAAAAAAUGCUAUUCUACGAUUGUGUGGUAAACGAGUACAAGAAUACGAACAAAUAAUUGUUACACCGAAUCAUCCAGGAGUUGAUAUGACCAGUUCUCAAAUAAAUGAAGACAAUAUUGAUUUUGCAUCACGCAGACGUUACCAUCAGUCGUCGACGGUUGUUGGACAUAUGGUGAAUGUGGACGAUGAUUGAAAUUUAUAUGUGAUACUAGUACUAUUUAAUGCUAUUAUAAAAGAGCAACGGUAUGCAUUCAAAUAAUUAACUAAUAAUGGGACCCAGUUCUUAAAAUAUAUUUUUCUUUAAAGAUAAUAGCGCCUGUUUGCUUAAUUUUGAGCAACUGUAAUUUAUAGAAAUUUUACCAUAGGGCUUAGUACAUUUUAAGGGGAUAUUAACAAGGCUAUGGAGCCGCGUUGAAAGUACGAAAAAUUUUACAUAAAAAAAUAUACUUUUUUGAAUGCAGGAAAAUGAAACCCAGUUAGUUUUGUCAAAUGGCUGAAUAUCAUUCAGGCCGUUUAGUAAAAAAGCUAUGCUGUUAACUGAACGGCUAAUUAAGCUAGUUGGCUGCGAUAUUUUUUUGGCAUUGCUGUUUUUUUCACUUCUGAACAUCAGCGAUAUUUUGAGUGUGUUAAUAUUCACCAGUAUACUGGCGAGUGCUCAUGACGUCAGAAAUCGGUGUCAUAUUGUAAUGGUAUACUACGCCAUAUUGUACUGGUAAAACGGGAAUGACAGUGUAGAUAUUUUCACCGGAUGUUUGUAUAAGAAAUUUAUUUAUUUAUUGUUCAUUAAGAGGGAAUGAUGGCGUCUGAACAGACUUACUCGUAAUUGAAGAAUACAAUAAGAAUAUAUAUUAAAGAAUAUACACGCACUGGCCAGUAUAUUUCGGAACGAUUCACCAGUAUGGCGUCGGUUUAUGACGUAAUCAGAACUGGCCAGUAUACUGGUGAGUAUUACAAAACACACACAUAUAAUAAAAAAAAGGAAUGAAUAUUUAUGGCAGUCACUCAUCCUACGAGUAACCAUGGUGGGAGCGUACAUCUUUCAUAACUCCUUUGUUUUUAGUUACCCAUUUAAAUGCAUACCGUUGAUCUAUAAAGUUGUAAAGUUUUCUAAUUUAAUUACUAAAAUAAUAAUGAA